AUGCGUCCGUAUUUGCGCUUCAACAGAGGCUACCACUACAUACUUACGGUUAUCGAUGUGCUGAGCAAAACUUACAAAUGGAUCGACAUAUUACCGCGUCUUCUUAUGGAGUACAACGCGAGAAAACGAACUAUGCGACCUAUCAAUGUUACUUCAGCAAUCGCCGAAAAGCUCUUAACCACGGUGUACAGCAAUGUCAAGAUCGCAAGGCCAGCACGAUUCAAAGUAGGUGAUCCGGUACGUGUGAGCAAAUUUCAAACAGUAUUCGAUACAAGAUAUACGCCAAAUUGGACGACCGAAGUAUUUAAAAUCAAUAAAAUACAACNGACCUAUCCUGUGACGUAUCUGCUUGAGGAUUCACGCGAACAAUCUGUUGCUGGAGGAUUCUAUGAAUACAAACUGCAUCGCGUUGCGCAAGAAAAGUGGUGCGCAUGGUAUUGCUCAAGAAAGGUGACAAAGUUUAUGUGA